AUGGCUAGCCGCUAUGUAAUUUUGGUGUUGUGCGGAAUUGUGGGCAUCGUUUAUGGCCAAUGCCCUGCAAAUAGUCAAUAUAUUGGGGAGCUAAAUUCGUGUCUAUUGGUAUAUAAUCACCCCGCUACCUUUGAUCAUGCUGAAAAGAUUUGCUCAAUUUAUGGAGGGCAUUUGGCUUCGAUUCACAGUGCUUUCGAAAACCACAUCUAUGCGGCUUAUAUGUCAAGAGCCGGAAUGGAUCGGAAUAAGGCGCUGAUUGGAUUAUGGAAUAAUGGGAGUAUGUGGCAGUGGAACGAUCAGACGGAUGGGAAUUACUGGCGAUGGGCAGAUAUGGCCGGAGAGGGCUCGUGCGCAACACUAGAAACUGAUGGUGUGUACAAAAACAACGCUGUGCGCCCGGUUGGACGUUCUAUGAAAAGACUGGUCGGCCAAAACUCGACUUAUGCAAAUGCUCAAACCUAUUGUCAAACUUUUGGCGGAAACCUGGCUUCAGUGCAUUCUGCUGACGAGAACGAGUUCAUUUACCAGCUUGCCUAUAGUGCUGAAUGCGUCAAGAAAAUCGAUGUCUGGCUAGCCGGGACCACAAUUUUGGGUGGAAAGUAUAAGCGAGCAGCUGAUCAGGUUACUUGGGAAGACGAUACAAUCACCGAUUAUCAACACGAAAUGUGUUUGAAAGCGGCUGAUGGAGGACCAUUAUUGCUCGAGGCAUAUCCCUCGACUUGUGGCGGGACUUGCUCGGAUGGAGAAUGGGCAAUUAGCGGGCAUCCACUGUCUACGGUUUACCCGAACUUUAUUUGCAAAACCAGCGUGACCAAUAGUUUCAGGAGGCAA